GAGAGAGAAGCACGCGACGAGUCAUUUCGGAAUUCCCAAUUUCGAACGCGCGGCUAGUCCGACCCUGCAUCGGCGGUCGACGAAUUUUCAGUUGAAGAUUGUCCGUCCUUCCAUGGGUUUCAACUGAAGAGAAAAGAAAGAAAGUGAUCGCUCACGUUUGUUUACAUUUUGGCGCGAAGUGUUGAAAGUUUAAAUGUACCGUUGGUCUUGACAUUUCUUGCGAUUGUUGCUUUUUCGCUGUGUUAUUUAAUAAGUUUUAUUUAUUGUGUUUCUUUUAAUAUGGGCUGUAAUAUCUGUGAUUGAAGUGAGUGUUUUAGUGGAAGAAAUUAUUAAGUUAUUACUUACCAAUGCCGCGUAGUGAUCUGCUUAAAAAAGUGUUGACGCAGUAUUUCUUAAAAGAUGCUGGAAAACUAAGUAGCGAUGACAAAUGCGAGCAGAUCGACUCCACAAGUGAUAGUGGUUUUAUAUCGAGUACGAAUCUGAUGCUGUCAGGAGAAAUUUCCGAGGAAAUCCCGCCGAGGUCCGACAGGAACGAACUGGGAAGCCAUACCGAUUCGGGAAUAAUUCAGGAUAAGGAACAUAAGACCAGAGAAUCCAUGCACAUAGACAGUGGGGUGUACACCAGCGAGCUCUCCCUAGCCGAGAAAAUUUCCAAGCUCAAUCUCGAAGCGGGCUUUAACGACCUAAAUCGCAAAGACCAACCGCCUGUUGCUUCCAGCGAUGACGACAUACCGUGGAAAAUUUACUUCGAACAGGAUGAGGAUGGCGAUACACACCUCCAUUCUGCAAUUUUUCAUCGAUAUGUCGAAGUAGCUUUAGCACUAAUCCGCGCAGCCCCGCAUCCCAGACUACUCGAUACCCCCAACGACUCUGCGCAAACUCCCCUUCAUCUUGCCGUGGAAACUGCGCAGUACCAAAUCGUCCGAUGGCUCAUAGUAGCCGGUGCCAAACCAAACCCCCGAGAUGCGCAGGGUGAUUCUCCUUUGCAUAUCGCUGCUCGCCUUGGAGACAUGAACUGUAUUAACGCCAUCACCCAACCUGUGCAACUCAAACACGUCAACGCCAUGUCAUUAGGUUAUCCUACGCCAACUUACGAAAAGUGUAAAUUAGAUCAAUGGAAUUAUUUAGGUCAAACAUGUGUUCAUGUAGCUGCCAUGCAUAAACACCUAGAUAUACUGAAACAUCUAGUAAAUUGUGGCGCUGACAUUAAUGCAAGGGAGGGCCUCGGAGGUUACACUGUCCUUCACAUAGCAGCCCAAAACGGCGACGAUAAUAUCCUGAGAUAUUUAUUGCACGAGUGCAAAACUAUUCGGCCGGAUAUUACAACGUACGGGCGACUAAAUGCCCUCCAACUGAGUUUUGUGCUCCCAUCGGAUGUGAGGCAGUUCUUAGCUAUGAAAGGUCUAGACUCGCCGUAUUCAAGCGAUGACAGUGACAGUAGCGAAGACGAGGAAGAGAUGCCCUAUGACAGUCCAUCUCAUAGGUUCCUUCCAAAUCUUGUGAGUGCCUAAGAGUGCCUACAAUUGCAAAGAAGUCGCCAUGUCACAAGCAGCAGAAGAUUGUCGGGAAAAAGAUCCAGAUAGUUAACUGUGAUUUAAGUUGAGUUCAUAUCAUUGGGAAUUAUAAUUUGAAGCGUCACCAUUGGUUAAAAUUCAUAAUAAAAAACUGUGACAAGGGAUGCAAACAUCAUAAAAAGAAACAUCAAUGUAUAUGAUACAUCAAAUAAAAACAGUGUUAAAAAUAUCUCUAAAAGUACAAAAGAUUUAUCAUUGAUGUUUCUGGAAUAUUUAUGUAUCAUUUGCAUUCCUAGACAACUUAAUUUUUUUGUGAACAAGGGACACUGGAAUACCGACACUUUAAAACUUUAGGGCAAGGUUUUUUGGAGGAACUAUAGAAAGCAGCAGAAGCCAACAUCAAAAGAAAGAAUGAGAGGAAGGUUUGGUACAACAACAGGGGUAUCGCAAUAGGCCUAAAUCCUCCGAGUGAGGGAUCAAACAUGAUUCCAAACCCCAGCAACCUAACCUAACCAUACAAGGGAUGACAAAAGACAUUAAUUUAAUUAAUGAACUUUCAGCUAAAUAAAUGUGAAUUCCCAGAAGUAUAUCCCAAGAGUUUGCAUAUAAUAUCUAUAACAAUCCCUGCAGCAAAUUUCAGGUCGAAACUGAAAAUUGUAAUGAUAUGAACUUGGCUUUACCCUCUUUAUGUUUAAGUAGAUAUAAGAGCAACAUGGGUUUUCUUUUAGUCUUAUUAAUUAUGACAUAAUUGCUGACUGAACAAUAUUCUUGUUAAUGACAAUAAAAUUGACUUUAGUUGAGUUGUGUCAGCCUUAAUAAUGCAAUAACAAAACAUUUCUGUAAAUAAAUAAUCUUUUAAAAAUGUUAUGGUAUGAUUUACCAGAUUUUAUUUUUGAACAUAGAUAAUAACCCAUGUACUCUUAAUAAAGCAAUUAUUGGCAUUAUAAUUAAGAACAAUUAGACUUGUUUAUGAAGAUCCUUAAAAAAUAGAGAUCCUUAAAAAAUAAUUUUAUAAGAUGUAAAUUGUAAACUAACUUAUUUUUUUAUUAUUAAUUUCACUACUUAUAAUGGAAGUUUAAAAAUAAAUUGUAAAUACUCAAAGCUUCCUUUAUUUGUAGACGAGAUGAACUUAUUUUCGUGAAUUUACUCACGAGCUACAUAAUAGUGUAUGUGUAAUGCGUUUUGGUUUUGGUCUAAUAUUACUGUUGUUAAUUAACAUCCUCAAGUAAAACAUAAUUUCAACAAUAAAGCAAGUAGACAAUUACUGAAAACUUGUAUAUAUUAGUAAUAUUAGGAACGCGUGUUGAAAGAUCUAUGUACAGAAAAGACUAUAAGGCAAAUUGUGUUCUAUAAUAUAAGGUACCGUAUACUUUAGGAAAUAUAUUUAUUAUCUAGAUCCUUAGUUCACAUAUUUCUUAUAUACCUCAAAACUAUUUUUAGUUUUUCUGAAUAAAAUGUAAAAUACAU